AUGGAUACUAACGAGUUAUCCCCUGUGUUCGCGAAUGAAUUUGACUCGGUCCCCUUUCCCUGUGGUCAAAGGGGCGAGGGUAACAGUGAGAACUUGUUACAGCUUAUUUUGAACUUAACGAACAAAGUGUCCGAACUACAGGAAGCGGUUGUUCGUUUACAAAAUCCUCCACUUCCUGUUUCCGGUAGUGAGAAUUUACUUGUACAAAGGGAAACAAUAGAUGCUUCUCAAGGCGUCAGUAAUAGACAUAAUUUGAGUCAGCGCAACUUGGAUACAACUGAUGGAACAAGAACAACGAGCAAUGGGAACUUUAAUAGGGUAAGUUAUGGGUCUGCGAUUGAAGCGCUGAGUGAUAAGUAUCAGUUUCCAUCAUUUCUAAGGACAAUGCCAAAUGACAAAUUUCAGUACACUGUCCUUGUCCGCUUAGUCACACAUUUUGAUUGGAACUGGGUGGGCAUUAUAGCUUCAGAUAAUGAGUAUGGUAUUCUUGGCAGUCAGAAUGUGAAAAAAGUUCUCGCUGUUAGUGGAGUUUGUACAGCUUUCACUGAAAUAAUUUCACUGAGUAACCCACAGAAGGGUAUCCGUCCAGUUCUUGAGGUAAUCAGAAAAUUCUCAGUGACUGUUAUCAUAGCUUAUGCUACAAUGAAUGAGCUCAUACCAUUCAUGGAGGAGAUAUACAGACAGAAUGUUACAGGAAAAGUCUGGCUGGCCACAGUUGGUUGGAUGUUCACCCCAAUUUUCUUAAUGAAAGAAUUAUGGAAAAGUCUCAAUGGUACCUUAGGACUUGCAGUCCACAAAGGGGUGAUACCUGGACUUAGUGAGUUUCUUCUUAGUCUUCACCCCUCCACAUCUCCAGAUGAUAUCUUCAUUAGACCUUUCUGGGAGAAAGCAUUUGCCUGCUAUUGGCCAAAAGAGGUGGAUAGAAACCAGACACAAGCUGUUUGCACAGGUACAGAACAGUUAGAUAAAAACCACCUGAUAAAGUUUAAUAUGCUUGACUUCAGAUAUACUUAUAAUGUGUAUAAAGCAGUAAAUACAUUAGCAUAUGGAUUACAUGAAUUCCUCUCUUGCAAAAUCAGCAGUGGACCCUUUGCAAAUAAAACAUGUUCAGGCAUUGACAACCUUAAACCGUGGCAGAUUCUACAUUAUGUAAAGAAUGUGUAUUUCAAAGAUAGUUCUGGUGAGACAGUAUAUUUUGACAAAAAUGGAGAUUCUCCUGCAGUUUACGACAUACUAAAUUUUCAAGUAUCCAGUGACAAUAGAAUGACAAAAUAUGUUCAAGUGGGCUAUUAUGAUUCCCGCCUUCCUGCAGGUUAUGAUUUAUUCAUAAACAACAGCAUGAUAUUAUGGAAUGGAUACAGCACAGAGAUCCCACAUUCAGUCUGCAGUGAAUCUUGCCCUCCUGGAUUUAGGAAAGCUGUUCGCAGAGGAGAACAAGUCUGUUGCUUUGACUGCAUUCCAUGUCCCAAGGGGGAGAUUAGUAAUGAAACAGACUCAAUUAACUGCUUCAGUUGCCCAGAAGAUCAGUGGUCAAAUGAGAAACAAGAUGGGUGCAUCCAAAAAUCUAUUGACUUCCUCUCUUAUGAAAGUGAACUUGGAGAAUCUCUGAGUAGUUCCACAGUAUUGUCUUCUGUAAUUACAAUUUCAGUCCUGUGUACCUUCAUCAAGUAUCGAUCCACUCCAAUAGUGAAAGCCAACAACCGUGAACUCAGUUAUUUAAUUCUUAUUUCUCUGUUCUUCUGCUUCCUUUGUCCACUGAUGUUCAUUGGUAAACCAAACACACUAACCUGUUUACUCCGACAAACUGGAUUUGGAAUAAUAUUCUCCUUCUCUGUUUCUGGGAUACUGGCUAAAACUGUCACAGUUGUCAUUGCUUUUAAAGCAACUAAGCCUGACAGCAAAUUAAGGAAAUAUGCAGGACCAAAAACCCCCUACUUCGUAGUCUUCUUUGGUACCUUGGUGCAGGUCAUUAUAUGCAUCAUCUGGCUACCAACCUAUCCCCCAUUUGUUGACCUAAACAUGAACGUAGAAGAUGGUAAAAUUGUAGUAGAAUGCAAUGAAGGUUCAGUAAUCAUGUUCUACUGCAUGCUGGGAUACUUAGGUCUCUUGGCAAGUAUUAGCUUUGUUGUAGCUUUUCUAGUGAGGACUUUGCCAGAUAGUUUUAAUGAAGCUAAAUUUAUCAGCUUCAGCAUGACUGUCUUUCUUAGUGUUUGGCUGUCUUUCAUACCAGCUUAUCUCAGUACAAAAGGGAAGUAUACUGUGGCUGUUGAGAUAUUUGCCAUCAUAGCAUCAAGUUCUGGAAUAAUAAUUUGCAUAUUUUGCCCCAAAUGUUAUAUCAUUGUUUUUAAGCCUUAUCGUAACACAAGACAACACAUAACAGGGAAUGCAAAAUCUUCCAUGAAAAUGUAA